GUGGUUUAUUGUCGGCGAGGCUGCGCGACGCCAUUUCAUGCACUCAAUCGCUCGGUGUCUGCUGAACAAGCUGGUACGGACUGUAUCCACAAUAACAGCACCGAAUUUUAAUCGUUUUUAGUGUUAAUCUUCCGGUAUUGGUCAUUCAGCCAAUGAAAUUACUGAAGUUUCGAUGUGACUUGUGAUAACUGCACCUUUUACAGCCUAAUUUGCAUUCAAAUCAUGGAGUCUGGUCUAAAAACUUCUUACCCCACAACCAGUAGCCUAAUGGCCAGUAACGUAACCAACAAGACAGAUCCACGGUCUCUAAACUCCCGUGUGUUCAUUGGCAACCUAAAUACUUUGCUGGUCACCAAGGGUGAUGUAGAGGCCAUCUUCAGUAAGUACGGCAAGAUAGUAGGCUGCUCCGUGCACAAGGGCUUCGCGUUUGUUCAAUACGCCAAUGAGAGGAAUGCUAGAGCGGCGGUAGCAGGAGAGGAUGGGAGGAUGAUUGUUGGACAAGUGCUUGUAGAUAUCCGGGACGAGCUUGGAUUCCAGCUGUUUCUGGAGCAAGCCGUGGAACGGCUGGAGGACUACAGAGCAGACAUCAAUCUAGCGGGUGAACCAAAGCCUCAUCGGUCAAAACCCAUUAAGCGUUCUGCAGGAGAUAUGUUCAGUUCAUCAUUCGAUCUGGACUAUGACUUUCAGAGAGAUUACUAUGACAGGAUGUACUCGUACCCGUCACGUGUACCCCCACCACCUCCUCCUCUUUCCCGGGCAGUGAUUCCAUCCAAGCGUGCACGUGUGAGUGUGAACAGUGGCACCCGCAGGACAAAAAGCAGCUUUUCCUCCAAAAGCAGCCAGCAUACCUCCCGCACCAUGAAGGCUGAUGAUCUGCAGACCAUUAAAAAAGAACUCGCCCACAUUAAACAUAAAGUAGACUACUUAUUGGAGAGCCUGGAGUGCAUGGAAAGAGACCACAGCAAGAAAUCAGUGAAAAGUGCUAAUAUGGAGGUGUCACCACAGCACUCAAGUGGAAAGAAAGAGCUUAAUAGUGUGGAAACAAAUGACUAUGAGGAAGAAGGAGAUCUGCUAGAAGAGGAGGAGAUAAAGAGUCAAGGAGGGGAGGAUGAGGAGGAAGAGGAGGGUGAGCAGGAGGAAGGAGAGGAUGAUGGAGACAGCACCAAUGGAGACCAAUCUUAAAGGAAUACUUCACCAGAAUUAGAAAAUUCUCUUUUAAUAUACUUAACCUCCUGCCAUCCCAAAUAUAUGACUUUCUGUAGUCGAACAGAGUUGAAGCUUAUUAGUCUUUUUGUGUCACAUGGCAAAACAUGCGUGUUACAACUAGUCAUAAACACGAAAGAUACAGGGAUAUUCAAAGUUAUUGACGUACCACCAUUUUCGAAUUUACGAAUGUAAGUUCUGGCAUGCCACAUUAGUCAAGCUCACAUCAGGUAAUGUCAACCAAUAGAGAAACAACACCUAAUACACUGCAUCCUGUUUAAGUUGCCUUUCUUAGUUCUCCAUCAGCUGCUCAGUCAUGCCCAGUUGCAUUCAGUACAUAAGGAAUAAUUGACAAUAGGUCAUUGAUUUAUUUGAAAAUAAUGCACACCCAAGGUGGUAAUAGGGUACUCCGCUUCACAUCAUGCCAUUACACAGCAGGUGUAUUAUUUUCAAAUAUUUCAAAGGACGGUGUCAAUUAUUCCCCUUCUACCAUGGUUACCACAGACAUUGCUCUGGUGGUUAUUUUAAGACAUUUGACAGGUCAGGUGUGCGUUUAUCAAAAAAUAAUGCAAACCCAUGGAACAUUUCUCAACCAUUUAGAAUAAAGCAUUCAACAUCCUUGUGGUAUAAAUGGUUUCAUCAGACGCACAGGCAUUGUCUAAACAGAACUUAACUUUCGUCUCUGUCAAUGGUCUGAUUAGUGGCUAAACUGAACUUUGGAACAAAUACCUUGUCAAAAAAACAAACGUUUUGGCUUUUUGACGAGGGAAGACAGCGGUCACGAAUCACCGCUAUGUGAAAGGAGGUUUGCCAGACGAUAGUACACAUUUUACACAGUAACAUUGAAUCAGUGUAGUUUUUGAUACGUUUAGCUGUGAUUUCAACUUAGGUAAUCUAAUUGUUCUUUAUUUUGCUUGUUAUCAGAAAUAAACUACUCUAAAAGGACUCUA